AGAGCGCGCAUGCGCCACUUGUAGCAGAGAGAGUGUAGUGUUCAGGCGAGACAAAGAUGGCGGCGAUGGCGGGGGAAGCAGCGUGAUAUGUUCGGGGAGUUUAGUAGCACACGGACCCGAGUCACAACUCUCCACAAACCGGCGAUUAGGCACCAUGGACGUCAUGUUAGAGUAGGCGACUGAGCUUGAAAACACUUACUGCUAAACGAGAGCGCUUUGUCCGCGACAGGACGGCCAUCUUUCUGCUGAAGGAGACGGAGGGGAAAGAAAAGCAUCUCACCGGGAGCAUGGCUGCGCACGGCAACCAGUACAUCUUCGGGGAGUUCAGCCAGGACGAGUUCAAUCAGUUCUUUGUGACGCCUCGCUGUUAUGUUGAGCUCCCGCCCUUUAACGAGAGAGCCUCCUGCGUCACGCUCAACUCAGGAGGUUACUGCACUGUUGAUGUGCCGUACAUUACGGAAUCAAUGAGACGGCAGGUCUGCGGAGAGGACUACCAGCACAUCGAAUUUGGCGUGGAUGAGGUGAUGAGUUCAGAGCCCGUGGUGGUGAAAGACUCCUUGUGCAAACUGUCCAGCACUCUGAACCCUCAGGCUCCUGAGUUCAUUCUGGGCUGCCAGCCUGCUCCGAAACCCCUUUCUGCGACCGCCCCGGGCUCCGGUGUCUCGCACGGGGGCGAUUUCAACUCCGUGGACUGCGCUGACUCUGAGCCUUCCGCCCUGGAGAGCCAGCAGGCCUGCUCCGAUGUGGACGGCGUCUCCGGCAGCCUGGGCCAGCGAGAGCGCAAGAAAAAGAAAAAACGACCUCCGGGAUACUACAACUACCUGGAGGGCUGCGAGAGCGGCGGUGCGGCGGGAGACGGUGUGGCCGGCACGGGGCUGGUGAACGGACACGGCCUCGGCGCUCCGGCUUCAGGAUCAGAAGACGCUGGCACCAAUCUGACCCUUUCCACACUUUCUUCCACGUCAUCCACAGGUCAGCCUGGCCUGCCCACCAAUCAGAGGACUUGUGACAGCCCUGAUGGAUCUUCUGUGGACUUGACGAGCGGAGCCGCCUCUUUGUUGGACGGUAAUGUUGUGGCUUCCUCUUCUUCAACCUCCUCCUCCUCUUCCUCCUCCUCCUCCUCUUCCUCCUUCCAGAGUGGUGGCCAUGCUGAAGAGGCCAGGACUGCAGAGCAGCACUCAGAACCCCUCGCUAUAGAGAGCCCCGAACUGCAGGGCAGUGAUGGGAACGUUCCCUGCCCGACCUCCUCACCUUCUCCUCCUCCUUCUACUGCUGCACUCAUCACCGACCCUGCUACUACUGACGAGGACGAUCGCCAGGGUAACGGGACGUCAGAGCAGUCGCCUGCCACUGGACUCGACAUGGCCGAUACUACGGCAGGCGCUGCUCCCGUCCCGUUCCCCACGGACUCAGGGGUCCAGGCACCUUCGCUUUCUCCGCUCUCUCCUGCCACGGCGCCUGUCCCCAACACACCCAAAUCUUGGGCUAGUCUCUUUCACAACUCCAAGCCUUUGCCUGGAGGACCUCAGGCGUACGUCGAGGUGAAAACCGUGGCCGUCACGGUGCCUACGGCUCCCGCCGCUGCCGCCGAGCAGCCCGAGAAGCAAUGCGACUUUCGGGAGGAACCCGUUCCUGUCUCAGAAGACCCCGCGGCACCAAAACUGGCAGAACUUAUUGAGAAUGUGAAGUUGAUACACAAACCUGUGUCCUUGCAACCCAGAGGAUUGAUCAACAAAGGAAACUGGUGCUACAUCAACGCCACCCUGCAGGCACUGAUCGCGUGUCCGCCCAUGUAUCACCUGAUGAAGUCCAUUCCCAUGUUCAGUGAAACACAAAGACCCUGCACCUCCACACCCAUGAUGGACAACUUCGUUCGGCUCGUGAACGAGUUCAGCAACAUGCCCGUGCCUUCAAAGGCAAAACAACAAGCUGCAGGAGAGAAGAUAAUUAAAGAUAUCAGACCAGGAGUUCCCUUCGAGCCUACGUAUAUCUACAAACUGCUCACGCUCAUUAAAUCCAGCCUCUCGGAGAAGGGUCGUCAGGAGGACGCAGAGGAGUAUCUGGGCUUCACGCUGAACGGACUGCACGAGGAGAUGCUGGCGCUCAAGAAGAUGGUUUCUCCACCGGACGAGAAAGCGUCCACGCCGAACGGCCCCGGUUCUCACGUGGGCAUUGAAGAACCCGUGAACAAGGGGGAGGACGAGGAGGGCAGCGAGAACGAGUGGGAGCAGGUGGGACCCAGGAAUAAAACCUCCAUCACUCGGCAAGCAGAUUUCAUCCGCACGCCCAUCACCGAUAUAUUCGGAGGACACAUCAGAUCGGUGGUGUACCAGCAGAGCUCGAAGGAGUCCGCGACGCUUCAGCCGUUCUUCACCCUGCAGCUGGACAUCCAGUCGGAGAAGAUCCGCACGGUACAGGAGGCGCUGGAGACCAUGGUGGCUCGCGAAUCUGUCCAGGGCUACACCACUAAAACCAAGCAGGAGAUCGAGAUCAGCCGAAGAGUGACUCUGGAAGAGCUUCCUCCUGUUCUCGUGCUCCACCUCAAGAGGUUUGUUUUCGAGAAGACCGGCGGCUGUCAGAAGCUGGUCAAGAACAUCGAUUACCCUGUGGACCUGGAGAUUAGCAAAGAUCUCCUCUCACCGGGAGUCCGGAGCAAAACUUUGAAAGGCCAAAGAACCUACAGGCUCUUUGCAGUCGUCUAUCACCAUGGGAACAGCGCCACAGGCGGCCAUUACACUACGGAUGUCUUCCACAUCGGGCUGAACGGCUGGCUGCGCAUCGACGACCAGGCGGUGAAGGUGAUCAACCAGUACCACGUGGUGAAGCAGACUGCAGAGCGCACCGCCUACCUGCUUUACUACCGCCGUGUCGACCUGCUGUAGAAACCACACACACUUGUGCUCUCACACACACACACACACACACACUCACACACACAUGCUUUCUAACACAACACACACUCACAUGCCUCAACAAAAACACUGCCCAACUUUUUCUCAUGCGAGUUCCCUCCUCCCCUCACUAUCCCUCGCUUUCACACAGAGCUGGCUUUUCCACGUUUCUGUCAUCAUCGGAGGAAGAGGGAAAUUAUUUCAAAUCUGGUAUCUAAAGACUUCCAUGAGGUGGCGCUCUCUCCUACAGGUUUUGUCUCGAGUUGGACGCUGCGGUGUGACAGAGGCUCCACAGUAGAGGUGAAAACGACGGCCAUAGACGCUUUAACCCCCACGGGUUUGGUCUUGGACUGCACUCCUUUUUUUUUUUUUUUUUUUCUUCUUCUUUAUUUUGUUUUGUUUAAUCUACUUUUUUUAACGGCAUAGCGUGAGAGAGAACAAUUUACACGUUUUGCCUUUUAACGAAGGGAUUCGACGGACGUUCUGCCGGAUGAAACUUUUUUGAUGCACCAGCAAAAUUUGACACAAGGAACUGCGUCGAGAGCAGAACACGAGUUUCCUUCAGAAUCCCGGCGACGCAAGACGCACCGCUCUAACGCUGCUGCCUCCUCUUUCUCUCCUCUUAUUUUUUUCUUUCUUCUACUCUUUCCUUCUGUUCCUGUUGGUCUCUCCUUUGUUCAUGAUCUCGACACUCAGGCCUAGCUGUGUUUGGGGGGGGGGGGGUGUUAAAAACACUGGAGCCGUCGGAUUAUAAGGAGACGUCAGAGCGGGAGCGAGAGAGCUGCAGUGGGAGACAUGAAAUAAAAAAAAAAAGUAUUUCUUUUUUGUUUUGUUUUGCGAGAACCCUGGGUGUGGUUUCUGGGUGUAGAAUUAGACUGAUUUAACAAUUUUAAUGCGCUUUAGGACAGAAAACUGAUUCACGAAGAAAAAAAAAGCUUAUGUGCACGCAAACCAUUUGAAAUUUGAUCAAUAAAGUGAAAUAAACCAAACACGCAGACGGAUAGACGCGCGUUUUUCACAGAGAGUCCGUUCGGCCGGGGAAAGUGUGGACGCCGGAGACGAAGCAACCAACAGCGACGGUACCUUUUCACCGUCAAAGCCGUUGUUGCGUUUUUUACACGUACAUCAUUUAAGGGGUGUGUCCGUGGUGUGUGUCCCACUCGUGCUCAGCCAAUCCCAGGCCUUUCUUUAGAGGAGGAAGCCACAGUUACUCCACGUCCCUGUUCGGCCGCCUCGGCCUCGCGGUACUGUGUGUGGUUUUGUUUUUGUUUUUUGGUGACAAACUUUUCAGUAAGCGGGCGAAUCCUGCAUGGCUAUAAGAGAUAAUAAACCCCUAACGAGUGUGCGCGCACACACACACACACACACACGCACAUCUAUGUCCGCUUUUGUUUCAUUGAUCAUUCAUGAAGCUUAUACACUGAUUGUAUUGAUUUGAUUUCUUUUUGUUACACUUUUUCCUCAUUAUCCUUUUCCCUGAACUUUUUUUUUCCUUCCUUUUGUCCAACCGAUUUGAUUUGAAUUGAAGACAAAAAUUUUGACCCGACAUAAAGCACAAUAACAAAUAAAGUUCUACGAUGGAUCAUA